UACAUUAAAUUACCAUAUAAGUUACAAGUUAAGUUUAAAAGUAGAACAGAGGCAUGUGGGCAAAUUCAAAACUUUGGUGAAUUCAAAUCAUUUUUAUAACUUCAGCUGAACGAAUAAAAGUGCACAUUAAAGGCCAGGUUAACACUCUUCACGUGUCUAAAUCUGAUUUUACUCUUCAGGUCUGUGAGUGCACCGGAUGGUUGGCAAACACGAGCUCCGGAUGGAAAGCCCUACAUGCUCCGGGGUGGUGGUGGAUGACAGCCCAGUAUCCAGCCCGAGCUCCAGUCCCAGUCCGGACGGCCGUCGUCGGGAGCUCCAGCGGGCCAGCAGGAUGCUGCAGAGCAGCGGGCUCGGGGGCAGAGGACGCCCGGCAGCGGCGAACGCAGCACGGGAGAGGAGCCGCGUUCAGACUCUGAGGACUGCGUUCCUGGAGCUCCAGAGGACUUUGCCGUCCGUGCCGCCGGACACCAAGCUGUCCAAACUUGACGUAUUGAUACUGGCCACCACCUAUAUAGCCCAUUUAACUCGAACACUGCAGGAGGAAGGAGCGGAGGAUGGAGAGAACACAAAACAAACUGAGGCGUUACACUCUUUGAAAGGUGAUGGCUACCUGCACCCAGUGAAGAAAUGGCCUAUGAGAUCCAGACUGUACGUCGGAGCAUCAGGACAGUUCCUCAACACCACCAGUCCUUCAGCUUCAGAGAAUCAAGGCCCUUCCUCCUCCAGCUCCCACUAACAGCCUAAAAUCAUCUGUAUGAUUUGAUACGACAUGAAUUGAUACGUGCAUGAGUCCAUGCUGUUUGCCUUAUGAUUGUAGACAAAUGACUCUCCUUCCACUAAAGCCCUGCCAAUAGGAAGACGUUGUAAAUUAAUAUAUUGAUUUAAUUGUACAUAUUUGGGGAGCUAUGAAGUUCCUGUGUUGUUGUUUUGGUUAAUCCGGUUUGCCCUGCAUUGUGCAGCUCCAUACAUGUCCCAGGUAUGAUAUUUGUAAAUUCCUCGGGUAAACGAACCCGUCAUGCUUGAGGUGUGCACUUUGAGUUGAGACUUUUGCACUAAAUGCAUGUGUGAAUAACUCGACAUCUGUCAUGUGAAGUGGUCUGUCAGAGAGUCAACAAUGGAGGCUCUGCGUCUCAUGUUCCCUCUUAUUUUUACAUGCAUGGUUGUAAAUGUGUUUGUGAAUAAAUGACUGCAGUGAAA